CUCAACAACACGUUUGUUUACCGAUAUACGGCGAUUGGUGUUUUGUUAUACCGAUUGUUGUAUUAAUAAUCAGCCAGCUCAGUUGAACCGAAAUGAUGAUAGCCAUAGCACCGUGAAUUUGUCACUAAAAUAAUAUUUAUCGUUCCGUUGGUUUUGGAAGUGUCAUAAAUUUCUUCUCAAAGAAAUAUGCUGUAUUUACUCUUAUUUUUGUGUGGAGAAUCAUUGGCAUCGGAUGGCUUAAAAAUUGGCAAUGCAAUGAAUAUUUUUGGACGAUAUGGCUUUAUGGGUGUGUCCAUGCAGGUAGUGGGAAAACCUCACCCAUGGGUUUUUCGUGAGCCUACCGUUGAUGUUUUUGAAAUGAAGGAAGAUGACAUAAUCAGCUAUUCUGACAAAGAUGGAGCAAUUUUUAAUGGAGAUUUCCACAUGGAAUUUUGCGACGAUGUUACUCAACUGUUGGAAGCUUAUUUUCGGGAAUUCGUAAUUGAACAUAUGAAGGAAGCUUGGAAGGCUUUUGCUGCCAGUUGGUCAAAUGAAGCAAUAGCAAGAAACUUCGGUCUAAAUACCAGCUACAUUGGUAACGAUUACUGUUAUGUACUAGUUCGUCUAUCUAGAAGUAGAGAAUCUAAAAGGUUGAGCGAUGAAGCUGCUUCGAAUUUAAAACCUUUACAGCACAUAAAUGAUUCAUCCAAUGAAGUAGAAGAUGGUGAUCUACCCAGUGUUGGAAACUUUGUAAAGAAAUAUGGAUCUCAUUAUAUUAUUUCAUACACUACAGGAGAUUCUCUAUACCAAGUUAUAGUCUACCAUCCUCCUGUUUAUUACAGGUUAAAGACAAAAUUAAGAAAAACAGGAAUAACUUCUUUAAGUAAAGCAGAAUUGCAUGCAUUCUUCUCACCGUGGUAUGCAGAUCAUGUUGGACCAAUUUUAUCAGCAAGUGGUAAUUCACCAGUUGCAGAAUGGGCUAAAUUGGCUCUAAGAUCUAGAUCAUUCAUAUUUCCUUAUUCCAGCUUAUUAAAACUUUAUGGGAACGAAAAAAUACUACGAGAGUUAGACAAGAAAUUAGAAAAUGGUGCUCUAAUAAGUUUAGAACUAAAAACAUUAACACCUCUUUUUAAUGACCAAACCAAAAAAAAAUGGUUUGUUGAAGUUAUAAGUAACGUUAUAGAUCUGUGGGAGAACAACAUGAAGCUAUCAUAUUAAUGUAAAACAGAGGUGUUAUAUUAUUUUAAGUAAACAAAAUCAAUUAUUUUAAGUAAACAAAAUCAAU